AUGUGGCUGUGGACUCCGGUGUGGUGCGCGGCGGUUGGCCUGCUGGUGGCCAGCUGUUUGCAGUCUUCGGCGGCAGCACCCUCCAAGCUGGAACCUACGAUAUCAGAAUGUGCCGCCAAAGGGGGCGAGUGUGAUGAGGGCAAAGGGCGACCGGUGUGUGGCAGUGACAACAAGACGUACCCGACGCGCUGCCACCUGAUACGAGCCCAGUGCAGCGGGCACCAGGUUAGCUUCAAGCACCGCGGGUCCUGCAAAGAUGUUUGCAUCGCUUCGCGUACGUACGCUCUCCAGCAGCGGGCCAACUCGGCGUACACGGUCAAGUAUGUGCCCCGGUGCCGGGAGGAUGGCACCUACGCGCCGGUCCAGUGCAUCGAGGGCGGUGGCUGCUGGUGCGUGAACGGCCAGGGCAAACAGCUGCCGAACACGAUGGUCCAGCACGGCAAGCCGGUGUGCGUGAAGAAGGGCAAAUCGAACCAGCGCCGAUCGUCACCCCGGAAUCCGGUUCGCAACAAGCGCAGCUGCAGUGGACUCGAUCGGGCAGUGUUUAACACGAACCUGCUGAAGCUGUUCCAGAACGAGCACGUCCGGGUCGUCGCCCACAACUUGACCCUGGCCCAACCUGGCCCAGUCGGGCUCAACAACAACGAGCGCGCGGUGCUGGACUGGAAGUUCUCCACGAUGGACGCGAACGGGAAUGGGCUGCUGGACAAGACCGAGUACCGCACGAUGAAGCGGUUGAUCAAGAAGGUGGUCAAACCGAAGCGCUGCGGAAGAUCGUUUGGUAAAAACUGUGACGCCGACCAGGACGAACGACUGUCGCGUAACGAAUGGUACAACUGUUUGGCCAAAGACGACCUCACACAUCACAAUCCAUCGUUACCGUCAUCAUCAUCAUCAUCUAGUUCUUCUCCGGGUGGACACUAUGGGUCUAUCCUUCACCAUCAUCACCAUCAUCCUAGCGCAAUGUCGUCUGGUGGCGUGAUCCGUGGUGGUGGCAUCGGUGGAGGCGGCGGCGGCGUCGAUGGCGGCGGCGGCGGCGGAAGCAGCAUUCGCGGUGGUGGUGGUGGUCACUUUCUGCGAGCCGAUGACGACGACUCACAGAACAGCUCGAACGAUUUCACUGACUAUUACGAUGACUAUCAUUCAGAGAAUGAGUACGAUUCGGACGAACAGCCCGACAGUGAUAAUGCACUGCAGUUGCCGGUAAACGGAUUGCAGCCAUAUCUGUUGCUGCAGGGCAAAACGAUGGUCGACCCGAAGGGUGACGAUGAUGCCAUCUUCAAGGAUAGUGAAGCGGACUCGGAUUGCCUGAGCGAUCGCAAGUACGCACUCGAUGAGCAGAAGUAUGGGACGAACGCACUGUACGUGCCGGAGUGUACGGCCGACGGGCGGUACCAGCGGGUCCAGUGCUACCGAUCGACCGGCUACUGUUGGUGCGUGAAUGAGGACACUGGCAAAAACAUUCCCGGCACGUCAACGAAGGACGAGAAACCGGUGUGCGAUCAGUACGCGUCAUCCACGCGCCCGAUGAAGGGUUGCCCCGAGGAGAAGAAGGUCGAGUUCCUCAAGGACCUGAAGGCGUUCCUCAGUAAGCAGGUGUCGACGUCAUUCGCCGGAAAAAUCGUGCCCGUGUGGAACACGGAGGAGGAAAAAAUUGCCAUCCUCAGCUUCGUCCUGCUGGACAAGAACCAAAACAAGCAGCUUGAGCGCAAGGAAUGGAAAGCCUUCCGGGAGCUGAUCACCGCCACGAGACAACUGCGUAAGUGCGGCAAGAAGAUGCCCCGCUACUGCGACGUCAACAGUGACCGCAAGAUCACCCUGUCCGAGUGGAUGAGCUGCUUGGACGGUAAACGGAACAGUUCGGUCGAUGUGGCCGCCGCCAUGAGUGCUCCGUUGGUGCAGUCCUUGACCAAACCACCGACCGCUGCUAGUAGUAGUAGUAGUAGUAGUGUUAGUAGCAGUAGUAGCAGCAGCAGCAAUAGCUCACCGUCAGCGGGCACCAGCUCCAAGUUUAAAGGCCGCAACCCGCUGGAGUUUGUGCUGAAGAGCGACUAAUAGGGGGACCGACGGAGGACGAUGACGGAGCGAAAAACCGAGACUUAAACUCCACACUUCUGCUACCAUUUUUUUACACAAACAACACACGCCCCAUUUCGUCACCGUGAAACCGUGCCGUUCGGUGCAGAUGACGCCACGCAAUGUAUCACCGCGUUGGCGUUCCUCUUUCGCUUCUUCGUUUCAGUAUUCGGAGUUCCGGGAGAGUUGGCACAACCCCUCCAACCUCCACUGGCUGGCCAGCACGAAAUGCCCAGUGACAGGAGCGCGCACCCGCAGUGCCAGGUGAUCGGUGGUACAAGAACAGUAUUAGUAACACGCAGGCACCGUAGUAGAGGAAACCGGUGCCCUGCCGCAUGGCUGGCCAGAACUCUCGAACGCGCGCCUAAACCACUGCGACGCGCCUCUCUUCGAUGUGCCGAUAUUGAAAUUUGCUAAAAGUGCGUGUGUGAUAUAUGUUAUUCAUUUCGAAUGUGUUUAUUGUUAAGUACUGUCCCCACACGGACCUACCUACGUAACCCAACUACUGUUUUCUCCUGCCCGAGGACGGCAAAACGCAAAGGCUUGCCAAACUAAUAUAGGCGCGGGCCGUCCCGACCCGGAGAGACCGCUCGGAGCAUCCCUCCGCUAACCACGACGUUCGGCCUGUCUAGCCAGCGGUCAAUGAAUUUAUGUAUACGCCGUUUGUUUACUGCUGCUGCUGCUGCUGCUUAUUUAUCUUAACUUGUUUCGGGGUUGCAUAUCAGGGAGGAGAGAAUGGAGAAUAGGCAUUUACGGAAAAACACCAACAGCGGGUUUGGAUGAAGGAAAGUAAAUUUAAAAAGUAGAAAAACCGAAACACGUUGUCCAACACGCCCGCCGGAGCAACGAACGCAAUGCAUCAUCAUGUUGUGAGGUGGUUACAAUAGGAAAAUAAAUCGUUUAAGGUGGCGCAACUCUCGUUAGGC